UGGCCGGUUUAGGAACUCCUGAAAACGGAAGUCUCACCCCAAUGGUUUUGUGGUUCUUCCUCGUUUCUCUGUUCUAGCUGAUCUCCCGCAUCCGCUUCCUUCUCCAUCAGCCCCUCCUCCUAGUCGCCUGCAUCGAAGAUUCUCCUUCUGUAACUCUCUCUCUCUCUUCAGAUUCGGUUUCCAAAGGUCCAGAAGUUGUUCAAUGUAACUGUUAUUUGGAAAUCAAUCACUUGUGUUCUUAUGUAGAUUGGAUUUCAGGGCCUUUUGAUAUCGCAGUAUUUCCCAAAAUACACUUAAUAAGGAGAGUCUUGAGUUGCGAUUGAUCCAAUUUUGCGCUUGCAGAUAAGUCUCAUCUGACCAUGGAGAACGAAGAGGAUCCAGUAAGGAAAUCACAGGUGGUAGAAGCUCGGGCUAGGAACAUUAGCCACAAUGUCCGUUGCACCGAAUGUGGGAGCCAAUCCAUUGAAGACUCACAAGCAGAUGUUGCUAUACUGCUCAGGAAGUUGAUUCGUGAUGAAAUUCGAUCUGGAAAAACUGAUAAAGAUAUCUAUAAAAAGCUUGAGGAGGAUUUUGGAGAGACUGUUCUCUAUGCACCACGUUUUGAUCUUCAAACCGCAGCUUUGUGGCUCUCGCCGUUUUUGGUUGCUGGUGUGGCUACAGGAAUAUGGGCUUAUCAAAAGCAGAGACAAAGGACUAACGUUCACAUAAUGGCAUUGAACCUUGUGAGAGGUGUUCCAUUAACCCCAAAAGAGAAGCAGACGAUGCUAGAGCUUCUGACACCACCUCCAUCACCUCCACCACUGAGAAAGAAGUGGUGGAGUCGAUGAACUGGGCAUGCUUUAGUCUGUGAAGAGGAGAGACCCCUUCAGGGACUCAGUAUAUCAUUCUCGUUUAGCCCAUCUUAGUGAUAAACAGAGCAAAAACCAUGUAUAGCAGCCAGUGACUGUGUCACGAACUAUGACUUUCUUUACUAUUUCAUAAGUCCUACUAUGCUCUUGUCAUUGGGACAUAAAUUUGUAAUGGGAUUGUUACUCCACUUUAAUGAUUCUGAACCAUUUCAUCUGUUAAUUGAUCCAUUGAUUUUUUUUGCCUUGGAUCAUAGAAUCUGGA